UGCGGGGAUUUAACUCGUCUACCGGGGAACGUGUUCACGCGUUUAAGUUGUUUUUAGUUGGAUUAAACGUGUAGCAGUUGGAGAAAGUGCGGGGUGAGGUGAUAUGUGGGGAGGAUGGGGACAGCCCAGCUCUCUGAAUGGAUGACGUGUUCCAGCGGGUCCUCCUCGCCGCUUUUCCUGCUCGGUGUAAACAGUGAGCGGUUCGGCUUCUCAGCGCUAAAACAUGUCGAAAGUAACGUUCAAAAUCACGCUGACAUCGGACCCCCGGUUACCGUACAAAGUAUUAAGUGUGCCCGAAAAUACGCCGUUCACAGCGGUGCUGAAGUUCGCAGCGGAAGAGUUUAGAGUGCCUGCCGCUACCAGCGCCAUUAUCACAAAUGAUGGCAUCGGAAUCAAUCCAGCACAGACAGCAGGAAACGUAUUUCUAAAACACGGAUCAGAGCUUCGCAUCAUUCCACGAGACCGAGUCGGAGCAGGCCGCUGUCCAACGAGGAUCUGAGUCUGCUGAGAUUAGUCCUCACCUCAGAUGACUUACCUGCCUGUGUAUUUAUUGUCCGGCCCUGAGCUGUCAAAACCUGAGCCUCAUAGCAGCCGCAGCAGCAGCAGGUACAAAUCUCCCUGCUUCGUGGACACCUACAGUCAGCCCCCCCCCACCACCCCCUGGCUUUUGAUUUGUGCUUUCUGGACACUUGCAAUACAUUUCAGUUUGCCCACUAAUCCAAAUGACCACAAGUCCUUCUAGCCAUCUAGCAACGUCAGCUGUGUCACAUCUUCCGCAGAGUUUCGUAAUGUUGUAUAUCUUUUUUUUAUACUGCAUUCUCUAUGUACGAUGUUCGUUUGCAAUAUUUAAGAAGUAGUCAUGUCUGCAUCGGGUCAUCUGGGCUUUUAGCCAUUUGGUCAGAUUUUAUUUCAUAGUUGUUUUGCAGCUCUUUGCAAAUGAUCCACUUGUCCUCACCUCCAAAACUGUCUGGACUGACAUCAGAAGCCUCUUCAAAUCUGCAGUUUAUCAGGCAAAGACAAAACCCUCUAUAUUUUACAGUGCUUUAGCUUCAUCAUGCAACUGGGAGGUGUUUACAGGGGGGGGUUUGUUUAAGCUCCACAACCGAAUAACGUCUCGAAGGCAUGAGAAGGAUUUCCAGUUUUCCACAGCUUUAAAAACAACUGUCAAAAAUGGAGAUUCUUACGGCGGUGACACUUUAUAAGCUGCAUGGCUUGUAUUUUGCCCACGGCUGUUCUUAGGAUGCCGUUCUCUGGUUGUUGGCGAUGCAGUAAAUAAAGCAAACGUCUGUGUGAUGAACUGAAGAAGCCUGCUCGUACUGUAACAGUGUUUCCCCAUGAACGGUGUGACAUGCAGUAGGGCACAUAAAACUAAAACUAAUUCAUCUUGUGAAAAAUUGUUUGGCUAAUACGCAUCUUUCUUUCCCUUGGUAUUAAUUUCUAACAGCUAACAGUCUGUCUGUCAUUUGUAAAGUGGCUUUUGACUGUAGGCCAGAGGCCUCCCACAUUGGCUCUGUUUCAACUGUAUGACAAAUAUAUUAUGGCAAAUAAAACUAUAAAUAAAAUCUACUUGUUUAUUUUGUGGGGAAAA